AUGGAUGAAAAACUUGACUUUUCGCUGCUUAACUUUCCUGAUAAACUUUGGUACAUGGUUAACGAGCCAAAGUACGAGCAAAUACACUGGAACUCGGACGGAACGAGUAUUGUCAUUUCAAAUAAUACUGAGUUUGUGACAAAAGUCCUCAAUAAUCCUUCAAGAGUUCUUUUCAAGACGAAAAAUCUUUCAAGUUUCGUCCGUCAACUGAAUCUUUAUGGAUUCCGUAAAGUCUCAGAGCAUAGGAAAGUUGGACAGAUUCAGCCUGUGGCCACCAACAGAAGUGAAUUCAAGCAUCCUUGCUUCAUUAAGGAGAGAAAAGACUUACUUGAAGAUGUCAAGCGACAACCAAGUGCGACCAAAAAAACACAAUCUUCUAGUGAAGAGAAGCCUCACUCGAUCAGGAACGAGUUCCCAGUGCAGGGUUAUGGACCCGUUACCWCUAGCCCAUCUGCUAUUGGAGGGUUUUGGGCAAAUUGGGAUCCAUUUUUGUAUCCGUUUCCAUGGAUGCCGUACGGAGGAGCUGCUGGGGGAUACGCCGUAUCUAGUACACCUCAGUAUCAGGGAUUUUACGGUCAAGAUGGAUUCCCAUACUAUUUACCACACCAAAUGCCAUUGACGAGCUGUGCGMCCGCACAUUCUGGCGAAUUCAGUGCAGCUGUAAACGGACGCCGAUCGGAUGGAUUAGCAAAUGAAUAUAUGAUCCCUCGCUCGACYUCUGCUACUUUGGCUCCACAAAGUUCACUGCCUGCUGUCAAGGUCACCAGCUCCCUGUCACGUGAUACCGUAGCAGAGAACAAUUGCCGUKGCAGCACUGAGCUAGUCAAAAGCGUGACCAUUCGCACUGUCAGUUUGCCAGAAGAGGCCAAGAAGCCCAUACCAGCCCAAACGGCUGAGGUUAGCACCACGAGCCAUGACGCCGUCAAGAUCAAGAGCCAAACAAGUACUGGAUUGGACGAUAAAGUAACAAAACCAAAAGAUGAAAAGUUGCAUGACUUUGAUCAAGACCAGCGCUCAGUCAUCCAGGACUACAAAAGACUCAAAUUUAUGAAGAACACUGAUGAGUAA